GGGCACCGGUUAGCUGGGCAGAGGGCCAGAGCUUCAGGGUGUUUCGUCGACGCUAGGAGGCCGCGGAUGUGGGGGCUGUCGGUGCGCACGAUGGUCGUAGAAGGAGGUGGGGCAGUAGGUGCAGGAGGUUGAUGGAAAAGAGAGAGGCUGCCUACCUAGCUCAGCAGAGAGCGGUAAAGCGAAAGAUAGCAUGUACGGCAUGCAAUACCGGUACGAUGGCGGGAUAGUGAAAUGACAUUGAUGCUGACUAUCACUUCUUGUUCACGGUGAAGAUUAGGUGAUCUAUUUUUACGGACUAAUGAAAUCCAAGCUUUAGGUCGGCCAACUGCCCCGACGAUUGACGUUUUAGCGUGCACCCCAAACGCAGAAGCUUACAUUCGUCACAACUGCCAGGUUAAAAUGGAGCCUGAAGUAAGCGAUGACGAUCAGAUCUGUGGGCAGGAGCAAUCGUUCUUUGAGGAGGCAGCGGAGCUCGACAGUCUUAUUAAGAGAGUUAUUGAGAGCGAUGGAAAGGAGGCACAGCAGAUCUAUAAUCGGUACAAAGCCAUUUUAUACAAGUACCAAGAGCAAUCACAGUUGCUAGAUGCAUACCUCGAGGGUAUCGUUGUGCCCCUGGCCAGCCUGCUGCGCAAGCAGGCGGUGUUGCAGCAGGAGCAAGGCGUGCAGCGCGUGCUGAGCACAUGCAGAUUGCUAAAUGUGCUUGUGGUGGUCCGCGGCUACAAGACCGUUGUACGGUUCUUCCCGCACGAGGCCGCGGACCUUGAACGGGUGCUGGACAUACUUGAGACCGUCAAAGCGCAGCGACCAAAGGAUAAUGAAGAGGGCAUCGCCAUGUGGGAGGCGCAGACCAUGCUGCUGCUCUGGCUGUCUAUUCUCAUCCUGAUUCCAUUCGACCUAGCAACGGUGGACAGCGCAGCUACUGGCGCGAAGUACGGGACCCUGCCGUACACUCCCCUGGUCGGCCGCAUCCUGGCCCUCUGCAAGGAGUACCUGCACCACCCAGGCGGUGUGCGCGAGAUGUCGGCAGUGGUGCUAGGUCGGCUGCUCACCCGCCCCGACAUGGCCCCGGCCAUGUCCGAGUUCCUGGACUGGGCCCCCGGGGCGCUGGCGGGGGUGGACCCGCUGAGGGCGCCCUUCCUGCUGCCGGGCGUCAUGCAGGCCCUAUGCUGCGCCUUCAAACUCGGCCAGCGCGACCGCCUGCUGCCCUUCGCCUCCCGCGCCUGGGCGCUAGCCACCCGCCUCAUGGCGACCCACGGGUCACUCGCAGCCUCCUCCUCGGACUCUAGCAGCAGCGGCGGCGGUGGUAACAACGUGUUGUCUCGCAAACUGUCUGUGAAGCUGGUGACGCGCAUCGGACUGACCUUCAUGGCGCCCCGUGCCGCCCCCUGGCGCUACGUGCGGGGCGGGGCAAGCCUGGAUGAGACAUUGCGAGCUGCCGGCAGCAGCCAGCCCGCCAGUGCGGCUGCUAGCACGCAAGACAACGACGGAAAGGCCAAGGACGCCGAAGCCCAGGACGCCGAUGGUGAGGAGGACGAGGACGCCUCCAUCGAGAUCGCCGCUGAGAUCGAGGAGGUGGUGGAGGCGCUGCUGGCGGCGCUGCGGGACCGUGACACGGUGGUGCGGUGGAGCGGCGCCAAGGGGGUGGGGCGGGUGACCGGCUGCCUGCCGCGGGAGCUGGGGGACGAGGUGGUGGGCAGCGUGAUGCAGCUGUUCGGACCCACGGAAUCCGACACCGCCUGGCACGGCGGCUGCCUGGCCCUAGCCGAGCUGGCCCGGCGGGGUCUGCUGCUGCCCGCCCGCCUGCCUGCGCUGCUGCCGGUGCUGCGGGCGGCGCUGUGCUACGACGUGCGGAGGGGGCCGCACAGCAUCGGGGCGCACGUGCGGGACGCGGGGGCGUACGUGUGCUGGGCGUUUGCGCGCGCGUAUGAGCCGGAGCUCCUGUCCGACAGCCUCCCCUCGCUCGCCUCCUCGCUGCUCACCACCGCCUGCUUCGACCGCGAGGUGAACUGCAGGCGAGCCGCCGCCGCCGCGUUCCAGGAGGCGGUGGGGCGGCUGGGGGGGCUGCCGCACGGGAUAGAGCUGCUGGGGGUGGCGGACUACUUCAGUGUGGGGAUCACACAGCAGGCCUACCUGCGUGUUGCCCCCUCCGUGGCCCGCCUGGCCCCCGAGCUCGCCCCCGCCCUGUCCGCCCACCUGGUUCACGUCAAGAGCCGGCACUGGGAGAAGGCGCUGCGGCAGCUGGCGGGCCGGGCGGCGGCGGCGCUGGUGCCCCACCUGCCCGGGUACUGGGGCGGGGAGGCGCUGGAGGUGCUGCUGCCGGCGUGCCUGGAUGCGCAACUGGAGGUGCGGCACGGUGCGGUGGUCAUGAUAGCGGAGCUCCUACCCGCCCUGGCGGCAACCGCCACUGCAUCCUCUUCUUCCGCCUCCACCUCUUCCUCAGAUCCCACCUCCUCCACCACCUCCUCCACCACCCCAGCCGAGGGCGCUACCUCCCCCACCUCCUCCCCCUGCUGGCCGCUGCCCCCCGCCCUGGCUGCCUCCAUCGCCGGCCUGCUGCCCGCCAUCGAGCGCGCCCGGCUGUACCGCGGCAAGGGCGGCGAGGUGAUGCGGGAGGCGGUGUGCGGGCUGGUGGCGGGGGUGGCGGCGGUGGGGCUGGGGAUGAGCGAGGAGCAGCAUGGCAAGGUGCUGGAGUCCCUGGAUGAGAACCUGCGCCACCCGCAGCCCUACAUCCAGGCAGCGGCGGUGGCGGCACUGAGGGCGUAUGCGAGGUCCUACCUGUCGCCCCACCCGCCCUCCGCCGCCUCCUUCCUGCGCCGCUACCUGCCCGCCUACCUCUCCCGCCUGCACGACCCCAACGUGGCGGUGCGGAGGGGCUACGGACGGGCGCUGGGGGGGCUGCCCAGGGAGCUGCUGGAGGGGGUGGAGGAGCAGGCCCUUCAUGCGCUGCUAGACGGCUGCCAGCCCGAACAGGACCCGGAGCAGCGGGACGUGGAGAGCCGGGUGAACUGCAUGCGGGGGCUGGGCAUGUUUAUUGAGACCAUGUACGGCAGCGCUAGCGGCGGUUGCAGCGUUGGCGAUAGCAGCAGUGCUGACGUCAGCAACAGUGCGGAUGGCGAUGUUGGCAGCAACGGAGAAGGAGGAGAAGACGCCCCAGCACCGGCAGCACCAGUCGGCAGUGCUGCUCCGGGUGCCGUUGUGGGUCCAAACCCGCAUGCUGCUGAAGUGCUCAGGAACAAGGUGCUGCCCUGCCUCACCUCCUCCCUGGAGGACUACACCACCGACAACCGGGGCGAUGUGGGCAGCUGGGUGCGGGAGGCGGCCAUGCGGGUAAUGACGGCGGUGGCGGCGCUGCUGCCUAGGUGCUGCGGGGGCGGUGACUCGGGGCAACAACAACAACAACAGCAGCAGCAGCAGGAGGAACUCACAGCCAUCAUCGGUCGAGUCAUGGGUCUGCUCCUCCGACAGUCCGUAGAACGCAUCAGCCGAGUACGGGAAUCCGCGCUACGCCACGUUCGUACACUCCUCGCUGACACCGCCCUCCUGCCGUACAUCCCCGCCGCCGACCGAGUCGCCGCCGCCGCCGAGGCCGCCGCCGACGCGGCGACGGACGCCGGCGGCGUGGCGGCGUCGCUCGACGCCUUGCAUCGCGUUGUCGUACGACUGCUCGCCGUACCGCCGUACACUGAACCCAUUCUGGAGGGCCUUGUGGCCAGCAUUGGCGGCGUGGAUUCAUCCCUCGCCAAGGCUGCCUCGCAGGCUCUGUUGGAGGCGUUAGCGGCGAAGCAACAGGAUACUGACGUCAGUGGCGGCGGCGGCGGCGGCGGAGCGGAGGCGAGCAGUCAGUCGCCGCCUCCGCUGCUGUCGUCGGUCGCGGGGUACUUGUUGGACGUGUGGUCGCGUCACGCCAAGUCCUCCCGCAUGGCCACUCCGUUGCUCCGAACCGCCCUCCUGCUGCUCACCAAGGCUCCGGGGAUGCAGGAGGUAACACUUCCGCGACCGCCACCGCCGCAGGCGGUGGCUGCGACUGGGGCGGCGGCGGCGGCGUCAGCCGCCCCCGCUAGCUCUGCCCCCUCGGACUUCCACUCUCCAGCCAACAACAGCAACCCAAGCAGCAGUAGCACCACUUCCCGGUUCCCGGACCACCUAGUGGAGGCAGUGCGCGCCGAGACCCGCGGCUGCAGCGAUGUGGGGAGGCUGCUGGACGCCGCCUCGCUGCUGUGCCACCUGGUGCCGUACCCGGGGCACUGCCGUACGUCGGCGCUGCAGGGGCUGAUGGUGCUGCUGUGCAGCCGCUACCCCAAGGUCCGCCGGCACACCGCCGAGCAGCUCUACCUGCAGCUCCUAGCCCUCGACUCCUCCACCUCCACCCUUCCUCCCCCCACCUCCAUCUCCUCCUCCACCCAAGCACCUCCUCCACCCCCCCUGGAGCAGCUAGCGGAGGAGGCCGCCGACCUGCUGCUGGCCACCUGCUGGG